AUGGCCACAGAAAACAAGAGAAGAUCUGAAAUUAUAAAAAGGCAGGCUGCACAGAGGAAGGAGGAGAACAGGCCCUCCAAGAUAGAUGUUCUGAUGCGAAAGUUUGAGCACUGCCGAAAGGAGCUUUUCCACGUCAAACUGUUUCUGAAGAGGUCUAAGAAGCCAAACAAGGCGAUGUAUAUGCAGAUGCUUGCAGCGCAUGCGAAGGGCGUGCUUAUGCUUGGAUUCCUUGGGUACAUAAUCACCUUUAUUCACAUCCCGAUAAACAACAUUCUAUUCGGAAUCAAGAAGUAG